CCAAACCGAGGGCGCCGCGCGCAUGCGCAGACGCUGCUGCUUUGUGACGCGGCUACGCGCACAGACACCGGUGAUGUGCUGGAGUUUGACGUGGCACUCUCGGCACGCAAUUCAACAGCAGCAGUGGAAGGGACGCCCGGAUCAUCAUUUUCUUUAAGUUCUAGGUCACCGUUUUUGUUCCUGAUUGGAAUGAAAGAAUAACGGCAUGAUGAGUCAGCAGGGUUAUGUUGCCACCCCUCCAUACUCCCAGGCCCAGGCUGGAAUGGGGGUAUACAAUACUGGUUUUGGAAACCCCCCACCUCAGUCCCAUUAUGGGGUCUAUGGAUCUCCACCACAAGCUUAUUCUACUGCUCCUACAGGUAUACUGAAACCACCUGCUUCUCCUUCUGGAAUGCCCCCACCACCAACCUCCGGCCAGUACGGAGCUCAAAUUCAGCAGAAUGGUGCCCACAGUUAUCAACAUCCUCCUGUUGCCUCUGCUCCCUCCAUGUCUCCUUACGGGCAGCCUCCUCAAGGGCAGCCUCCUCAAACUGCUUAUCAAAGCAUGGCACAGGCUCCACCCCCAACUCAACAUAUGACCAAUCAAAUGAGAGCUAUGACACAAGCUCCUCCUCCAGCUCAACAGCUGACCAAUCAAAUGAGUGCCAUGAAUAUUGCAGGAUAUGGCCAAAGGCCCAUGCACGCCCCCCAGUCCCCCUCAAGUGCAGCGGCACCCCAACCAUUUCAAACACCUCCACCACCAGCGAUGGGACAUCCUCCACUGUCUCCACUAGGACAACAGCCACCCUCAAUGGGAUCACCUACACCAAUGGGAAUGGCUGGCCCACCUGGACCAGGUGUACCUCUGGGUGGAAGCGUCCACCACCAAGCACUUGGACCCCAAAGCUAUCCACAGCAACCAGGCCCAUUUGGUGGACAAAUGGCAGGACCGCAGAUGUCAGGCCCCCAAACAGGUGCUUUCCCAGGAGGCUUCGCUGGAGGUCCAGCCCAAAUGGCAGGCCCGCCACAAAAGAAGCUAGACCCUGAUUCUAUUCCAAGCACGACGCAAGUGAGUGAAGAUGACCAGGCUAGAAGAGGAGGACAGGUGUAUGCUACAAACAUCAGAGGUCAGGUGCCUCCACUGGUCACCACAAAUUUUACCGUACAGGAUCAAGGAAAUGCCAGCCCAAGGUUCAUGCGAUGCACAACAUAUUCCUUCCCAUGCACAGCUGAUCUCGCAAAGCAGUGCAAAGUGCCUCUGGCUGCAGUUGUUAAACCGUUUGCCACUUUGCCCCAAAAUGAGACUCCUCUGUACAUUGUAAAUCAUGGUGAGGUCGGACCAAUCCGCUGCAAUCGCUGUAAGGCCUAUAUGUGCCCUUACAUGCAGUUUAUUGAUGGAGGACGACGGUACCAGUGUGCCUUCUGCAGCUGUGUUAAUGAAGUUCCAGCGCAGUAUUUUCAACAUCUGGACCAUAUGGGGAGAAGAAUGGAUCUGUAUGAGAGACCAGAACUGUCUUUGGGCUCUUAUGAGUUCAUUGCCACGCUGGAUUAUUGCAGGAACAAUAAGCCUCCAAACCCUCCAGCCUACAUCUUCAUGAUCGACGUCUCCUACACCAACAUCAAGAGUGGACUUGUCCGACUAAUAUGCCAAGAGUUGAAGACGUUGCUUGACCGACUUCCCAAAGAGGAGGGAGCAGAUAGCUCAGUCAUCAAAGUGGGCUUCGUCACAUAUAACAAGAUUCUGCACUUCUACAAUGUGAAGAGCGCUCUGGCACAACCACAGAUGAUGGUGGUCUCUGAUGUGGCCGAGAUGUUUGUACCACUGCUCGACGGAUUCCUAGUCAACUUUCAGGAGUCCCGGGCUGUUAUAAAUAAUCUUCUGGAUCAAAUCCCCGACAUGUUCGCUGAGACCAAUGAGAGCGAGACUGUUUUCGCACCCGUCAUUCAAGCUGGUGUUGAGGCACUGAAGGCUGCUGAAUGCAGUGGGAAACUCUUCAUCUUCCACUCCUCCAUCCCGACAGCAGAGGCUCCCGGAAAACUCAAGAACAGAGAUGACAGAAAACUGGUUGGCACAGAAAAAGAGAAGACUCUGUUCCAGUCUCAGCGGGGUGUGUAUGAACAGCUGGUUAAAGAUUGUGUAGCACAGGGUUGUUGUGUCGACCUCUUCCUGUUUCCCAAUCAGUAUGUGGAUAUGGCCACCAUGGGUGAUGUGCCCUCACAUACUGGGGGCUCGGUCUACAAGUACAGCAACUUCCAGGUGGAUGUUGAUGGUCGGCAUUUUCUUAAUGAUCUCAGGAGAGAUGUGGAGAAGUCCAUUGGAUUUGACGCCAUCAUGCGUGUCCGGACUGGCACGGGCUUCAGGGCCACAGAUUUCUUUGGCACGGUCUACAUGAACAACACCACCGAUGUGGAAAUGGCCGCGGUGGAUUGUGACAACGCGGUGACUGUCGAGUUUAAGCACGACGACACGCUCAGCGAGGAGUCAGGGGCUGUUAUACAGUGUGCACUGCUGUACACCACUGUCAGCGGACAGAGACGCCUGCGAAUCCACAACCUCAGUCUGAACUGCACCUCACAGCUGUCUGAACUUUACAAAAGCUGCGAGACAGACGCCCUCAUCAAUUUCUUUGCCAAGUCAGCCUAUCAGGCCAUGCUCAGCCAGCCAAUGAAGACGGUGAGGGAAAUCCUGGUCAACCAGACCGCUCACAUGCUGGCCUGCUACCGAAAGAACUGUGCCAGUCCCUCUGCUGCCAGCCAGCUUAUCCUGCCGGAUGCGAUGAAGGUGUUCCCCGUCUACAUGAACAGUCUGUUGAAGACUCCAUCUCUAGUAGGCAGUGGUGAGCUCUCCACAGACGACAGGGCCUUUUUCAGACUCAUGGUUAUGGCUAUGGGAGUGGAGGAGACGCAGAUCCUGCUGUACCCACGGCUCAUCCCACUGCACAAUAUGGAUGUGAGCAGCGAGUCUAUACCACAAGCGCUGCGCUGUUCUGAGGAGCGACUAAGUGAGACGGGCGUCUUCCUGCUGGAGAACGGCCUCUUCAUGUUCCUCUGGUUGGGACAGGCGUGCCCACCCGACCUGAUCCAAAAUCUCUUCAAUGUGCCAUCUCUGGGCCAUCUGACAACAGAAGGACAGACAUCAUUACCUGCGCUGGAUAAUCCUCAUUCCAGGAAACUUCAUUCAAUCAUCUCCAGCAUUUCACAGCAGAGAGCCAAAUCCAUGAAGCUGCUGAUAGUGAAACAGAAAGACAGAGGAGAGACGUUGUUCCGCCAGCACCUGGUGGAGGACAAGGGUCUUCACGGAGGGGCGUCUUACAUGGACUUCUUGUGUUUCGUCCACCGCGAGAUCAGACAGCUACUUACUUAACCGGAGUAAGAUAAUGUUGUAACAGACAGCCUCCUUCAUUUCUAACAUGUAAAGCUGCCUAUAAUAUAUGACCAAAAUCAUUUCUGUAGUCGAGUGUGUAUAUGGACUUUAUACUUACGUUUCGGGCGUCAGCAAAUAGGUGCAUUCACAAUAUAUGAGAGAUCGCUUCUCAGAUUUUUCUCAAACGAUUUCCCUGAAUUCAAGAUCUAUGAAAGAGAAAUAUUUCACACAAUCGACCUGAGCAUGACUAAAUCUGGCUUUGGGGAAAACGUCCUGUCCAGUAUGUGUGCUGCGCCUAUUAAAUUAUUACAGGACAUGUUUGUGAACAAGACCGUACAAUAAUUGGUCUUUAGUUUUAUUUGUAUAACUUCAGGGAUGGACAUCACACAAAAAUCGAAAUGUAGUCAUGCAUAAAAAUACGGCAUAUUGGUAUUUAGUCAGUAGUGACUACAAACGUCCAUUCGUAUAUUCAUACAAUAGUUAAAAUCUAUACAUCAACAUCUAUGUUUUAAUGUUAUAAAGUCUUUGUUUAACUGUUGUACUUUAUGUGAGUAUGCGUAUCACUCGUUUUACAUAUUGUUUGUUUAUAUGUUUCUGAUACAGCAGGAUAUUUAAAGGGAUUCUGUCAGUCUUAUGAUGGCAGUCAUCAAUCCUAUAAUAAUGAUCUUAUAAUCAAAUUAUUUUGCAUCAUUUAUAAAAAGGCAUUACGUGUCCUUUACGUGUCCUUACCUGAAUAACUAAUGUCGACUAAAGCUGGAACGGCCUUCUGUGUUUUCUUGUUGUUGUUUUUUGGGGAAUUUCGGUCAUUCAUACAAAUUUGCUCUUUGAAGCAAAUCGAACGUGGCAUUGAUAAUUUUAACCGUGCAUCUCUGGACAAAUACUGUGUAUUUUCUUACAGUUUGAGAUGAAUCGUAAAGACUUCAGCCUUCAAAUAUUAUCUCAGGUAACUAAGUCUUUGUACCUGCUCAUCAGUUGCUUUGAAUCCGAACAGAAAUGAAUACAGGUUUGGAAGUCAAGAACAGCCUGUUGUGUGCAAUUCAGUUGAAAACCUUUAUAAAGCUGUUUUUGAAUAAAGAUGCAGCCCUGUUGACCUUGCAUAA